ACCAAUCCAGUCAUAUCUGCUCAGUCGUGCAGCAUAUUAGGGGCGGGGUAGAGAAGGGUGAGGUGGGCUUUUAGGUGGCAAAGGAAAGACACCAAAGUUGCCAUUUUCCUGCCGAGCACCAAGAGAGAAAGACGGCACCUGUGUCUCCGUGGGACCCAACUCAUACUGGUGGUGAGCAAUGGGUGACUGGAGCUUCCUGGGGAACAUCUUGGAGGAGGUGAACGAGCACUCCACCGUCAUUGGCAGAGUUUGGCUCACGGUCCUUUUCAUCUUCCGCAUCCUCAUCCUGGGCACGGCAGCUGAGUUUGUGUGGGGCGAUGAGCAGUCUGAUUUUGUGUGCAACACCCAGCAACCAGGUUGCGAGAACGUCUGCUACGAUGAGGCUUUUCCCAUCUCUCACAUCCGCCUCUGGGUCCUGCAGAUCAUCUUCGUCUCCACCCCAUCGCUGAUGUACGUGGGGCACGCGGUACAUCACGUCCGCAUGGAGGAGAAGCGAAAGGACCGCGAAGCCGAGGAACUGUGUCAGCAGUCCCGCAGCAACGGGGGUGAAAGGGUACCAAUCGCCCCGGACCAGGCCAGCAUCAGGAAGAGCAGCAGCAGUAGCAAAGGCACCAAGAAGUUCCGGCUGGAGGGCACACUGCUAAGGACCUAUGUCUGCCACAUCAUCUUCAAGACCCUCUUUGAGGUGGGCUUCAUCGUGGGCCACUACUUCCUGUAUGGUUUCCGCAUCCUGCCCCUCUAUCGCUGCAGCAGGUGGCCCUGCCCCAAUGUGGUGGACUGCUUUGUGUCCCGGCCUACUGAGAAAACCAUCUUCAUCCUGUUCAUGCUGUCCGUCGCUUUUGUGUCCCUCUUCCUCAACGUCAUGGAGAUGAGCCACCUGGGCAUGAAGGGAAUCCGGUCUGCCUUCAAGAGGCCUGUGGAGCAGCCACUGGGGGAGAUCCCCGAGAAGUCCCUCCACUCCAUCGCAGUGUCCUCCAUCCAGAAAGCCAAGGGAUACCAGCUUCUAGAAGAAGAGAAGAUCGUGUCCCACUAUUUCCCUCUGACUGAGGUUGGAAUGGUGGAGACCAGCCCACUUUCAGCUAAGCCUUUCGGUCAGUUUGAGGAGAAGAUUGGCGCGGGACCCCUGGCAGAUAUGUCACGGGGUUACCAAGAAACCCUGCCUUCUUAUGCUCAGGUGGGGGCCCCGGAAGUCGAGGAGGAAGAGCAGCCUGUAGAGGAGGCCGUGGAACCCGAAGUGGGAGAGAAGAAGCAGGAAGCAGAGAAGGUGACCCCAGAAGGGCAGGAGAGGGUCGCGGUGCCAGAUGGGGAGAAAGCAGAGACCCCCGGAGUAGGGAAGGACGGGGAGAAAGAAGACCUGCAAGUUGAAAAGGUAACCAAACAAGGUCUGCCUGCUGAGAAGGCCCCUGCGCUCUGUCCGGAGCUGACAACCGAUGACAACAGGCCCCUGAGCAGGCUGAGCAAAGCCAGCAGCAGGGCCAGGUCAGACGAUCUCACCAUAUGAAGUGGUGCGGAAGAGAGACAUCUCACCUCCUGCUAAUACAGGCCAAGAUAAAAUCAGCUCGUGCCAACACACUUGGAGCCUUCGGUGUCCUUGGGGCCACCCCCACCCCUAGUUGGAUAGAUGAUGUCUUAGAACUGAGCAAGCUGUACAACUGGAAGACAGCCCUUCCCAUUUGUACCGGCUACCAAGGUAAACCCCCCGUCCUAGUCAAGUUCCGGGUUUCACACGCCUGCCCUAUCUUCUAUCCCAACCACUAUGGGGGGCUUUACUCUCUUUCUCAUUCCCCCAUGGGAAACCAUCAGGUCAGAUUUGGGGUUACCUCCUAACCUUUUACUAGGCUUGUCUCAAGCUCGCUGAAUCAGUCAGACCCGAACCCAGCAUUUCCCUAGCAGAAGCCCCUGAUCUUACAUGAGUGAUCUCAAACUCAAAAGCCUGCAGGAUCCAGGCAGAUGAUUUAAUGGUUAACGUGGCCCUGCUCUAAUAGGAUAUGAUAGAAUAUGAUAGAGAGAGGAAGGGCUGUGAAGGCUGGGGCAAUAGCUGGCUGCUUCCAGGAAAUAGUUUCCUUGAUACCUGUACAUCUAUUUAAAAAAAUGAGAGAGAGAGAGAGAGAUAUCAGAGAAAUUUUAGCACGUUAAUUUUAAAUACAAUAUGUGGAGCAAAUGCAAUGUGCCCAGAUUUAACCUAUGGGCUAUCAAUUUGCAACAGCAGUUUACAUUAAUGAGCCCACAGCUGCUAAGGAAUUUGCCUCACUUUUUUAUGGUCUUGGCCUCUUUUUAUGGUUUCCCAACUUCAUUUUAUCAAUUUGAAAUGUUUUAAGUCGUCAGUCCAGGAGAUGCCCAGAGUUCUUGCUGACCGUUCUUUUGGGUCACUGUGCCCUCCGGUUGAAAGCAGUGGAGCCUUUGAUUGGCAGGAAUUAUGCCCUGGGCACAGUAAGAGAGCACGCAGGCUAUCAAACCUCUCCCCGGGAAAUGAAAAGGCUUUAGGCUUUCAAGCCCAAUUGCAGUUUUCUUCCCUGGAGCAACAGAAAUCCUUUUUAAAAAAUUCUCCUCUUCUAACAUCAGUAUUCAGCCUAAAAUCUGCAUUUCCUUUCCCAGGGCUGGGAGCAGAAAGAGUUCCAAGCUAGAGGACGCCUGCCCACAGGCCUGGCCUGAGGGAGGCCGCUCUCAUGCUUUGUCUAUCAGCGGGGAACUGGCAGGGGAGGAAAGAGGCUUACUCGAGUACUACCAACUGGAUGUGCUGUCCGUAGCCAGUCUGCACUGUAUCCCCCGGGGCGCAGAGACUAAAGGGGAACCUCACAGGUCUCAGCCAACCCACCUCAAACACCGAGUCCAAACAGGGGAGAAUAUAAAGUACAUAUGAAUAUUUCACACAGGGAACAAUUUUACUCGAUUGAUUUCCAGAAGAAAUAGAUAGAUAGAUAGAUAGAUAGAUAGAUAGAUAGAUAGAUAGACAGACAGAUAAUGCAGAUAAAAUCAAGUAAUGUGACCUUAGUAUCUACCUAUCUCAUUCUUUUAAAGAGAAGGCAGGAAUUGGUGUUACUGGGCUUCACAUCCCACCCAGGACAAGCACGAAUGCAGCCCAACACAGCAUCACAAACGUGCUGUCUUAGUGUGGGCUACUAUGGCUGUGACGAAACACCACGGCCACAAGCACGUUGGGGAGGAAAGGGCUCCUUUGGCUUAUAUUUCCACUUUGUCAUCCGUUAUUGGAAGAAGUCAGGACAGGAACUCAAACAGGGCAGAAACCUCCAGGAACUGAUACUGAAACCAUGAAGAAGCUUGCUUCUCGUGGUUUGCUCAGCCGCUUUAUUAUAGAACCCAGGACCACCAGCCAGGGAAGGCAGCACACACAAUAUGGGCAGUGCCCUCCGUCGUCAAUCACGGAUUAAGAAAAUGCCCUACAGUCUUGCCUGCAGGCCAAUCUUUUGGAGACGUUUUUCUUAAUGAAGGUCCCCACCUCUCAGAUGGCUCUAGCUUGUGUCUAGUUGACUCGAAGCUGUGCACCACACUUACGUAGAACAGUGUAAGAUUCUUGCAACUUCUUUGUGCUUCAAAUCCGUGAUGCCCCACUGUGAACUUUGUAGACAACAGAAUCAUAACGUCAAGAGGCCGAAUAUGCCAGAACACCAUGCCUCGGGAACUGCGUGCCAGAGAUGGGUAGGAAGUGGAGGAGCUAAUAGGGCAGAGACUUGGACCAGGGUACCCAGAAAAACUGCCCUUCAACCAGUUCUACUCCCUGGCAAUACAUCUCAGAGUGGAAAGUCCUCUCUUGGCCCUCAUUUUAACAUAUUUGUUCUGGAUAAGCCUCCGAAAACUAUCCCUCCCUAGGAAAAUUCAUGCUCUAAUUGCCUGGCGCCACAUUCUAAGCCAAAGCAAUUCCGAAAAUAAACUCAUGAAUGGUUUGUUUUCUUUUAUAUAUAUAUAAUUAUGCCUAAGAAAUCUGCAUUUAAGAGAGAAAGGCUAACUAUAUAUCUAUCUAGAAAACCAAAGUAACAAAUUUUCAACAGAAGACUGUAUCGAGCAAGGAACAGUUGAACGGAAGGCCCUGUUUACCUUCCCAACAUGUGACUUUCUGCUACUGCUGGGAUCUUACCCCUGCCAGGUCAUAACAACCCCACACAGACCUUGUCGUACGCAAUGAGAACAGUAGCAAAAAUCCCAAGCCCAAGAGCCUAAGGUGUUCUUGACCCUCAUAGCUGCCCUAUCACCCCUACAGUUGUGCUUACGGUUUAAAAAGAACCUUCUUUCUGACCAAAAUCGGGGGGGGGGGGGCAUCUCAACUAGGACUUGAUACAAAAGUAGUAUCAUAUAUGUAGUAGCAUACAUAUGUAGUAUCAGAUUGUUCAGUGGUAGAGUGCUUGCCUGGCAAGUGUGAGGCCCUGAGUUCAAUCCCCAGUACUUCAAUUAAGACCAAAUUAAAAAAAAAAAAGGAAAUGAAAACUAAGUCCUGUUUUAAGGCUACAUUGCCAGUGCUGCUCAGAGCCAGUUGCGGAGCUGCAAGGGAGGGCUGCUGGCCUCCUUGUCUUGGCUGGAUGUCAGAUGAAGUAGUGUCUCACUUCACUGCCCACAGCUGCUGGGCCCCCGUAUAAGCCGCUGCUUCUCUUUUGGCCUUCCCAACAAAACGGAGUCUAUGCUGGAAGAAACAGACACGGGCGCCUAGCGGUCAGGAUUUUCCUCCUGUUUCUGCCAGUCAGUGGCGGAGUCAUCAUUGCGCCUUAUCCUCUCCAUACCUCGGUUUUCUGUCUACAAACGAGCAAUGGCCCUUGCUGCCUGCCUCCCUCUGGGGUAUCAUAAGAACUGAUGAGUUGACCACCGUGCCUGGAGCCUGCUUUCUGGAACCUCGCUCCCUGAGCUGUUCCUCCAACAACAGUAAGACAGGGUGGGGGACAGAUGGGUGUCUUCCAUCUGUCCCCUCAGCUCUGUGGUGAGAGUUAAUCAAGGUAGACAUUCUAGAAGCUCGUUUCCUCAGAGGAGACUCAACAACAUUUUGAUUCCAUAUAAUGACCACAGACAGAUGGGCAACUAUUUAAAUGACUGGAAUAAGGUUCCUCUUCGGCCACCACAGAGCUCCUGUCAGGUCCCGUUUGGAUGGUCUGUGCUCUUUGUGGUACAUCCAUGCUCUCUGUUUGGGGGCACAGAAUCAUGACUGAUUAGGAUUACGAUGCUUCGGGGUUCUAUUAGGUCCAGCUUUACUUCUGACUCAUUAAACCCCUAGAGCACAUGGUCCUGCCAAUGAAAGAUGCCUUGACUAGAAGACAACAGAAGUGUGGCUCCUUCCAGGGGAAAAUGGCUAAUGACUGGAUAGUGGUCCUAGCACCCCCAUUAGGGGAGGUCUGCGCCAGGAAAGCUAGAGCUGCUCAACGUUCAGUUAGAGCUGCAAGCUUGUCUGGGAAAUCCCUAGUAUCCAGGGCUUCGUAAAAAGACCUAUCUGGUUUCCAUGACUUUGGCCCUUGAUGUUCAGGUGAUGCAUCCGACACAGCAUUGAACAAAUAUUCCUGAAGAUCAAUCUGGUUUGGAGACUCACAAAAAUAAUUGGCAUUUUGUGAGAUGUGGUGGCCGCCUCUGUUUAACUCUGGGGAUGACAGGUUGUCAUCCCUCUGCUCUCAAUGACAGCUUUCUCUAAGGUAAUAGGGAGGAGAAGCCUUCUCCUUCUCAAGGUCUAAUUCUUCUUCUCAAAAACUUACUAACGUAGAAAUAAGAAGAGAAAGAAGGCCUUGUCCAAACUGUACGAUCAUAUUUUAAAGUACAACCUGAAGCAAUGACACACAUCACAUCCGAAGAAGGCACAGCUCAGUAAACCAAGAGACCGUUUUAUAAAAAGUGGGACAAUGUGUAAAAUGAGGGGAUGAUCCUGAAGUCCUAAGAAUCAUGUUGCAGACAAACAACAUCCUUAAUCACACGAGAAUCUGUUGCUGCAAGAAAUGCCAAGGUGUUCAUCUUACCAGAGCUCAUGUACAGAGGAGGAAGGAGGUGUCAACCCCCAAGUCUGACUCACGGCAAAGGAAAGAGGAGCAAACAGGAACCGCUCGGCUGAAGUCACAUGGAAGGUGUGGGACAAGACUAGUGAAGACAACUGUUCCUCCUCAGUUCCUGAGGGGCAGUGGGCACGUGUGGACCCCAACAGCACCUCCCUUUCCAUCCUCCUCCUGUCUUACCCUGGCUCCAAACUAGCCCUUUGUACAUGUCAUGUGCAGACGAUUGCCCAGCCAAAGUUAGCGCAGUCUAGAUAAAAAGUGUAAGGACAGCUAAUGAAGAACUCUGAGUGUAAAUCUGUUCUGUAAGAUGUAGUGUGUGCCUAGAAACUACGUUUAAGGUUUCCCUUUCUGGAAAUUAUUGUAGUGUAACCAAAUAUGUCUUUGGGGAAGAGAGGGGAUAAAGGAGGGGUAACUCUAGAUCCAGCAGUUAAGUAAGGAGAGAGAAGCGAUCUGGAAGACAGCUCCGUCUCCACUGCAUUUGACACUGUCUGCCGUGGCCACCAUGUGGACGUGAGACAGACCGCAGUCUCCAGCCUCACUUCCUUCAGAAGAUUUCCAGAGCAGAAAAUAAAUUCUAGAAUUCAGAAAUUUGUCUGGAGAGAAAAGAAAUAGCGCCAUCGCCGUCUCUGUGUGCUUUCUUGUCCAUCUGGGAAGCACAAGUAAAGAAUAAGCCGAGAUGCAUUCAGACUUAGUGCCACUGGGAAACGGCUCAUGAGUGGCAACAUGGAGAUGCUGGUCCUGUACUCUCCAACCCUCCUCAUUCUUGUGUCAGAACUAAUAACUGCAUGUUAGAUUCUUAACAAAACAAAUAAACUAGCUGGACUUUAA